GAGAGAGAGAGAGAGAGAGAGAGAGAGAUUUCGGGCUCCCCAAACGCAUUUAGGGUUCUCCAGCGGCCGAAACUGUUUCGAUUCCUCCCUCUUCGUGUGGAAGUUUCUGUCUCCUUUUCAUGUAGGUCUUCCGAUUGUGAGUUGAUUCCGUUUCGCGGAGUUAUGGAGGAGGGGAACCGAGAUGCUUGCGAGGGGAAAAAGGGUUGUUUUCUAUCUGAGAGUCUGGUCAGGAAGAAUGGGUUUGCGCCAGUGAGAUCUGGUAAUUUUAGUGGCGUGGUCCCUGGCGAGGGGAAGGGAAUCAAGAUGGUGGUCGGGAAUUUGGUCCGGAAGUCAAAGGUGCUCUCUUUUUGGAGGGAGGGUGAGGACCUUCGUGAAAGGCAGAGCGAGGCGGAGGUGAGAAGGCAGUUCAGUGAGGUGGGAUUUCAUGAUGAGACCGUGCUGCAGAAGAGGGACAGGGAGGCACUCGCUCAAAAGAUAUCAGAGCUUGAGAAAGAGCUUUAUCAGUACCAGCAUCAUAUGGGUCUUCUUUUAAUUGAGAAAAAUGAAUUAGCAGCUAAAGCUGAAAAUCUUACCAAACAACUGUUUGAGGCACAGCAAUUCCAAAAGAAUAUGCAAGCAGAGCAUAUGGCUGUUAUUUCUGAGUUUGAAAAGAAAGAUGGUAAUAUGCAGAGAGCCAUGGACUUUCAGCGGCAGUCUAUUGAUAAUCUCGAGAAGGCUUUGAAUGAGAUGCAUGUAGAAACUGCCGAGAUUAAAUUGGAAUAUCAGAAGAAGAUGUCUGAAGCACAUGCUCUUGAGGCCAUUGUUGAGGACAAAUACUUUGAACUUAAAGGAAAGAUGGACUUUCUUGAUGCCAAACUUGCAGAAGUUAGUCAGAGAAGCUCAGAGUUAGAUAGAAGAUCAGAGGAUGUGGACACUCGUCAGCUCAAACUUUCUAUUGAAUCUUCAUCCUUCAUGAUAGAGUAUGCAUUUCCUGUCCAGAGAAAAGAAGGGAUUGAGAAGGAACUUGCUCACCAGAGACAGGUUUUGCGAGCUUUGGAACAGGAGGUGCAGGGCAACCAGGAGAGUCUUGCCAAGUGGAGUAACUUGUUGGAUGAGAGACAGAUGGAAGCAAAUGAACGAGAUAAUACUUGUAGAAAGAAAGAAAAAGAACUUGAUGAGGCAUGGAAAGCCUUGGAGAAUUCAAAUGUUUCACUAAAAUCCAAAGAGGAGGAUAUGUGCAUGAGGCUUAGAGAUUUUGAUGCUAAAGCACAGGUGAAGAUUGAAAAAAUCAUUGAUUGCCAUAGUUGUGUUUUACAAGACAAACUAGAGGAGUUUGAGUUGGAGGCAGACAAAAAGAGAAAAAGGAAAAUAGAUGAGGUGGCACAUAAAGAUAUUGCACUUGAGGAUAAAGAGAGAGAGAUUUUAAAGAAAGAGCAAUUUCUGGAAAGCAAAAUGCAAAAUAUGAUGCAUAGAGAGGAGGAAAAUCAAACAAAGAUUAAUGCACUGAAAGAAGCUAUUGAAAAUAAAAAGGAAGAGUUGAUACAGGAUCAGAUCAAAGCUGAGAAAGAGUGGGAAUUGUUAGGUAACAGUAGAUUGACACUCGAAGAAGAUCUGAAGCAGCUAUGCAAUGAAAAGGAAAAGUUUGCUCGCCAGAGAUGCACUGAAGAAGAAACAUUGAAGAAUAGAGAGAGGCAUGGAGAGAAGCAAUUGAAAAUGGAAAAGGAAAAGUUGAUACAGGAAAGGAUCAAACUUGAGAAAGACUGGGAAUUUUUUAGUAGGAGAAAAUUGUCACUCGAAGAAGAAAUGAAGCAGCUACACGACAAAAAGGAAAGGUUUGCUAAACAGAUAUUCACUGAUGAAGAACCAUUGAAGAAGGAAAACUUGGAACUGAGUGGUCGCAUUCAGAUGGUUAUAGAAGAUUCUAAGUUGAACAAAGAGAUUUGCAUCAAUGAAAUAACUCAUCAGAAGAUUAAUAGUUUGGAAGUAUUUUUUGGGGAAAAUGCUAAUGUUGCUGAACCAGAUCCCUGCUUGCAGACAAACCAAGAAUUAUUUAAAGACACUCUAAUAGAAGAGGAAAUUAGUUUCAAUGACAGAAGCAAAAACAAUGGAGUUCUUGGAAGUGUUAAUGAAGUUGAUCAAACUACAGAAAAUAUACUUAGAUACAAUGAAAAUCAGUUGGAAGAACCUUUGAAGGAGGGAGACUAUAAUUUUACACCAGUUGAGAAACUUACUUGCACGACUUUUGAAUUUAAGGAUGGAGAUGAUUCAGUCAUGUCACUGGACAGUCCAGGUGUAACUGACCAGGGCACUUUCUUCGGUGCUGUUCAACCUGUAGCACGCAUGUCAUGCAUGCAAAGAUGUUCAAGACUAUUACAAUUAUCUCCUGAUAAAAGAGCUACAGAUCAUAGUGACAUGCCUGUUUGUAUUGAUGGAGAACCUUCAGGACAUGUAGAAAAUCUCAAACCUGGGGAAUUGCUCAGAGAUUUUAAUGUCUUCCAGCAGCCACAAUUUACCAGUGGAAUCCAAUGCGAUACAGAACCACCAAGGUUAAACAAGAAUGUGGAUCCUGCAAAAGAUUCUUUUAAUGAAAUUCUUGGUAGCCCUGACCUCAUUAUGAAGUUACAUGAUUGUCUAAGGGAUGAGGAUGAGCUUUGGUUUCCUUGUGCUGAACUAAAGGACAACCAUAGAUGUUUACUUCCUGAACAUGAUUCUGGGCCUACACAAUUGAUACAGAAAGAGUCUGGCGAUCAUGUCAGGAGGAAGUUUGUGUUUGUUAAAAAGUCAUGUUCUGUUAAUGCACUUAUUCAGGACAACAGCCUUGAAGAUAUUUCUAAAAAUAAGUUGAACAAAUAUCACAGAUACAAAGCAAAAGAGAUAAUGCCAAGGCGUCUCAAAGUGGGAUAUCAGAAUGGUGAUCCAAAAGAUGACAACACGGAAGAGUUUCCAUACUCUCAGACAUGAAAUGAUGACCACUGAAACUGAUGGAGAAUCUGCUGAAGCUCAUUCUGACGAUGCAUCUUCAUUUCUCUGCUGCAAAGAAAUGGAAAAUUCACCUGGAGAGGAAAUCCCUGGAUUAAAGCACUACACUUUCAGGCGUUCCACAAUGUACGCAAUAUAUCUUAGAAAUAUAUUUUGUAUUCUUUAAGUUACAUAUUCGUGAAAUUUCAAUUUUCCUAGUGAGGCAUGCAUUGACUAGGUAGACUAAACAAAAAAAGGCAGGAGGAAUUGAUUCACUUGAAACUAAGGUAUUGAACAUGGAUGGGCAUGAUAAUGAAGGAGCUCAAUCACAUACUUAUGCUAGUGAGAAGCUAUGAUAAAGGUACAUAAAAGGUUUUAUGGGACCUUAGUGCCAAGCUUGUCAAAGACAGUAUUCUCUGAAGAAAGAAACUCAUUAUGGAAAAGAAGAUUACACCAUGAAUUUGGCAAACUUCUACUCUACUCUUGAGCUGUGCAGAAUGUUUUCCAUAAAAAAUGGGCAUUAUAGAAGAGGACGUUGCGAGUAAUGUUCCCUUGUGAUUGUGCAAAUGCUGCCGUUCAGUUUGCGUUAACAUAAAACUAACAAAACUGCAGGUUGAUUAUUGUUGUCGAUGAUUCUCUCUUAUACUUAAGAUGUUUUAUUGUAUAGCUUUGUACGGUUGUGCAAUUCUUCUUGUCUGCUUUUCAAUUCUUAAAGUGCGUGUAAAAUAUGAAGCGAGAUAUACAUUUGGCACACUUGUACAUUCCCUUGUAUGAUACCUUCAAUCGAAAUAUAUAAGUUUUCUGAAAGCAUUA